AUGAAGCGUGCCGUCGACCUUUCAGAGGCGUUCCUCAAGGUCUCCUUUGAGGAGAUUGAGAACACAGACGCCAGUGAAACAACCACCAAGGAAGGUGACAAGAUCUACAGCGACUGGCAGAAGGAGAAUGGUGCUCAAGUCAUGGAUGCCGCGUUUGUCCUAACCAACAUUCUGCGAGAGCGCUAUCCAAAGCAUUCGUGUGUCAGAGUUUCCAAUCCGUGGAUGUUCCCCGUCCUCCAGUUUCCGGAUAUGAUGCAACAGCCACUCCCGGAUGAAACUAUGGACCUCCUGGUCGCCGGGUUCACGCCCUUUCUGCGUAGGACUGGUCGAAAGGGUGGUCUACUCAACAUGUCGGUCAACUUUGGAGGCUUCAUGGCAGCCUGGCGUCAGUACGAUUUCAUCAUCUAUCAUGCAAUUUUUCCUAUGGGCAUGUACAAGGACACGAACUUUUGGGUUCUGCACCAAGGACCAACGAUCCCCAUCUACGAAUUCCUCAGCGCCGUUGGCACGUGGUUCCAAGAACUUCACGAGGAGAUCCUUGUCUUUGAACAAGGCAUGUGGACAAAGGACGGCAAUUUGUAUCAGCAGAUCCAAAAGGCACAUUGGGAGGACGUCAUUCUCAACGACAAAUUCAAGACUGCCAUUCGUCGUGAUAUCAGCGAGUUUUUCAAGAGUGAGGCAGUCUAUAAAGACUUGGCAGUACCGUGGAAGCGUGGGCUGUUGUUCUACGGUCCGGCUGGUAACGGAAAGACGAUCUCGCUCAAGGCUGCCAUGCACGAGACGGACAAACCUAUCUUAUAUGUUCGAAAUCUGAUCAGCUGGAUGGGGGAGGAAUAUGCCAUAUCUAUGGUCUUUGGAAUGGCGCGUGCGUGGAGUCCUUGCAUCCUAGUGUUCGAGGACCUGGAUUCUCUUAUCAACAUGCGCAACCGGUCCUACUUCCUGAACCAGGUCGAUGGCGUAGAGUCCAACGACGGCAUCAUGAUGAUCGCCACCACUAAUCACCUGGAGCAAAUCGACGGCUCAGUCUAUAGGCCAUCUAGGUUCGACAGGCAAUACUUGUUCGAUAUUCCAGACGAGGAAGAGCGUCGUCUCUACUGCGCAUACUGGCAAAACAAAUUGGCAAGAAACGAUCGCGUAGAUUUCCCAGACAAACUCGCCGACGAAAUUGCCAAGCUCUCCGACACGCUCUCCUUUGCAUACCUCAAGGAAGCAUUUGUCGCGACGCUGAUCCGAAUGGCCGGUGAUCCUGACGUCAAAUUUGCAGAAAACUUGCGAGAACAGGUCAAGGAGCUCAAGAAACAAGUUGGUCAUCGCUCUCAGAUUGUACCGCAAGUUCCAGAGGGCCCAUCCAUGUCGGCUGCAGUGUCCGAACUCGGCUCGAUCCGAGAACUUCUUGUUCGCAUGACCGGGGGAGACAUGCCUAGAGGGCUCACGACCGAGACUGUCGUGCCCUCCAGUAACUUGGGUUUGUACAGAUGGAAAUAA